GAGAGAGAGAGAGAGAGAGAGAGAGAACGAGAAGUGAGAGUUUGGAGACAAAAAUCCAAACUUUCACGUCUCUGGUUCUUCUAUUUGUGCGAAAUCAAGGAGAAAUCUCGAAUUUUGAUUCUCUCUGGGUUUGGUUUCUUCGUACAUGCACCAUGCUGCGUUACGUGAAAGAAGCGAAUCCAUAAAGAAAACCAAAGUCUUUCUCAGAGAUUAGUUUUAAUGGAGGAGAAGAAAAUGAUUUUGAAGGCGAAGAAGCAGGAUAUGAUGGAAUGUCUCACUUGUCCUAUCUGUAACAAGCUCUAUGAUCGUGCCACCACCAUCUCUGAGUGUGUCCACACAUUUUGCAAGAAAUGCAUAGAGGACAAGAUCGUAGUAGAAAAACUGAAAGCUUGUCCAGUCUGCAAUGUUGAUCUUGGUGUUGCUCCUCUUGAUAAACUCCGGGCGGAUAACACUUGGGAUGAUUUGGUGCUAAGAGUCUUCAAAACAAAGCCAGAGAAUGUAAAUGCAGCAACUGAAACUGUUCCAAUCUCUAGGCAAUACUCAAGAAAGAAGAAGAAAGCUCCAUCUUCUUCACUCCUCCCAACUUCAGCUAGAGUAACAACCUCACCUGAUCACCCAACUCCUGAUGCUGCUCCAUUGGAUCCCGAGAAGCUUGGCGAGAAAAUGGAAGCUGUCACUCUGAACCAGAGCUCGUCUACACCAGUUUUAAACUUCAGGAGGCGUCCAAGGAAAAACCCAAUGCCUAAAAGAGAUGAGAAUGAUGCAUCACCACAGGCUGGAGCAACCGCAUCUAAAGGAUGCAACCAAAAGGAGAAAGAUGAUAAAAAGAUAACAGUUUCAGCUGAUGAUCUUCGUAAGUCCUUGACUCUUGAUAAGGAGGAAGUCACGCCGCUGAAGCCAAACGGCAAAGAAAAACAAGAUGAGAAAGCAGAGGAAUGUGCUGAAGAGAAUCAAAACACUCUCUUUAAUCGCUUCGAGGGAGAUGACACAGAGGAGUUCCAUGGUGAACCGAAUGAGAUGCCUGUACUUGUUAGCUCUGAAAGCGAUACAGAGGACGUCUAUGGUGAGAAACCGAAGAAAAAUGAUGUGAAAAACCUAGAAAGUGCUGCUUCUAACUCAGGGAAGAAGAAGAGCUCUCGUAAGAAAUGGAAAGGGAAAGGAAAAGUUUACUCUCCUCCGGUUUUGAGAUCACGAGGGAAGAGGAUUGUGAAUGGAGCUGGUACAUCACAAGCUGCUCUUUUUACAGGACCAGAAAAGAAACUUGACAGCAAUCCGGUUUGGUUUAAAGUAGUCGCUGCCUCGAAUCAGAACACAGACGUGCCACUGCCACAAAUCACCCCUGCCAACUUGAAAGUAGAAUAUGGAAACAUACCUGUCUCACAUGUCAAGAAGUAUAUAGUGGAGAAGCUCGGUCUCGAAAGCGAAGAUGAAGUGGAGAUAUGGCUAAGGGAAGAGCCAGUGUGUUCGUCACAGAUAUUGAGCCACUUGAGAGAUUGGUGGGUCCAGACUACUCCAAUGUCUGAACGCAAAAGCUCCAUGGUCGGAAGCUCUGCUGCUGAGUUCGUCAUGGUUCUCCAUUACAGUCGCUCUCACCUCUUUUUCUGAUUCAUCUCAAAUCCGUCACCAAAAAACCCUUUUUCUUCUUUUAAAAACUCUUUCUUGCGUAAGAAGAAAACAUGAAGAAGACUAGCCAAGGGUUUGCAUCUUUCUUUAUUUAGUAAUUGUUAAGAAUAACUAUGGUCCUAUUAUAUAUGGGGGGGAACCUUUUUGCUUUGCUUUGCUUGUGAGGAUUUUGAAAACGAAAGUUUUUGGACUUGAGGCUCAUUUAGCCAGUCUUGCUUUUAUGUGACAAACAUGCG